AUGUCCAUCAGAGUAUGGUAUAUUCAGUCAACAAGUAAGUCACUUUUAGCUGGUAGAAAUGUUGGGGUUUCCCCAACUGUUAUUUUUCCAUCAAGCUUUCACUGUUUAAUUCAACUGCAUAGCUGGCUCAACUUGAUGUUAAUUCUUGUACAGGCUGCCAAUGGUGACAAAAAGAAAAAGAAGAAUGGUCCUUUGACCAAGGAAAGAAGAGCAAAGAAAAAGAAAAAGGAUAGGAUCAAGCGAGCAGAAAAGAAUAAAAAGCUUGGAGUUAAAAGAUUAAAGCUGCAACCAGUUCUGAAACCCAAAACAAUAACUUAUUGCCGCCACUAUCUAAAGGGGAGAUGCCUGGAGGGUGAGAAAUGCAAAUUUUCGCACGAUACAAUACCCUCGACAAAAUCGAAGCCAUGCUGUCAUUUUGCGCGUCAUUCUUGCAUGAAAGGAGAUGACUGCCCAUUUGAUCAUCAACUCUCCAAGUACCCGUGCAACAAUUAUACAUCACAAGGCUUUUGCAGUAGGGGUUCUGACUGUUUGUUUUCACACAAGCUGCUAGCUGAAAGUUCCUGUCCAGCAUCAAAUGUAUCCAAGCCUGAACUUAAGCCUCAACAGCAGAUGAUGCCAGCUACAAAAGGUUCCUUUACAACAUCCAAUUUGACCGAACUUGAAGUGAAGGCUCCUUCCUUUCUGACUAAUUCAAAACCUAAUAAGCAUUUGAAUAUUCAUGGCACCUCUCCUCAAAAUGCUGAUGCUAAGUUCUCCUCUGCCAUGGACUCCGCUGGUAAGAGUGUGGAACAGCAUGUUUCACAUCCUGCGCAAGGAGCUUCUGCACAGGCACCAAAUGGAGUUAAUUUCCUUUUUCAUGCGAAGUCGUUGCUAGGUGACUCCAGUAAGCAUAAACAAGCUGGCUUGUCUCUGAAAGCAGAUGUUGGUAAUAAUGUUGUCUGUGAUACAAGGUUUAAAGUGUUGGGCAAUGUCCAGAAGCCGAACGAAAUAGCCAAGACAGUGCCUCCAAGGAAGCCAGUGGGAAUAAAUUUUUUAUCCUUUGGCAAAAUCCUCACAGAUGAUUCUAGUGGUAAAAAAAUCUCAAGCUUGUUUUCAACCGAGAAUAAUGAAAUUGAGAAGUCAUCUUUAGAUGACUCAGCUAAAGCAAAGCAAGCUUGCAAUUCCCAGAAGAGCUGUGACAAUGUUAAAGUUGACAGUCAAACCAGAGAAAGUACUGUGGAUUUGGUACAGAACAUGAAGGAAAAUGCACAGAGAACUUCUACGGUGGCUUCACCUUGGGGCACUAACUUUCUUUCAUUUGACAAAGGUCCAUUAAAUGAUUCUAGUGUUAAGAAUCAAGCUGGUUUGCGUCCUAGUGAUGGUAACAUUUUGUUACCAUUUGUUCAACCAAAAGAAGUUACCCCGGAUAGACUUCAAAUCCCCACUAAAAUGCCUUCCAUAGAUCUGUCAGCAGCUGGAUGUAGCACAAGUAUAUCAAGCUCUUCGAAGACAUCACUUUUGUUAAACAAGCCUAGCUCUGUACAGAAGGCUGUCCAGUCAACAUUAGCAUUCGCAGCGAAGUUUGAGCCUGAAAUUAAAUUGAGUCGCUCAAUUUGUUCUCCUGCUGUCCGUGGUAACAUCAAUGGGGAAGCUGGAAAUUCAUGAACGAAGUCAGAGAAGACCUCAUAUGUUCUGGGUUUUUAUAUGUGAUAGUACAUGAAGAAAUAGUUGGCAGAGAACAUUAUAGAUCAUUGUUCACAUCUUCAAACACGGAAUUGUAGGGCCCUGAUGAUAUGGGACGCAUUUUCUUUUUGUAAUCAUUUUAAGGGCUUUUUAUUCCUCGUCAGUUGAUUUAAUCUGCAUCAGUUGUUAUG